GGGCAUGAUAACGUUUUUUUUAAAUACAUCUUUAUUGUUUCAUAAAACAACGUUAUACGCACAAGUAGCGUAACAACAACAACAACAAAAAAAUCACACGACAAAACGUAACUAGCUCUAACCCUUCUUUUUACAGUCACUGCUCUAACCCUAACCGCGUAACGUUUUGAAUGUUUUUUUCAAUGAAGGUUGGGGAAAAAUACGUUGCGUCAGCGUGCUUCACCAGACAUUACACCUGCAUUAAGCUAGCUAGCUAACUAACACCAGAGACUGUUAUGGAUCUUUGCUAACACUCACAUUAGUGCUCCUUUAAGCUGACGUUAGUAACGUUGUGCUUUGUAACCACAGACUGUAACCCGCAUUGAUUUUCAAGAGCUAGAUAGCUAACGUUACUUUGCAGGCGGAAGUUUAACACUUAGCUAGCUACACUAAGUAUACCAUGAAGUAUACAGGUUACAUUGAAACUUGUUGGUUCAACAUUUAUGUUACUAACUUGUGUAACGUUAUUUAUUUAGAUAUUUAUUGAAGUCUUCCGUGGCUGGGCGGUGCCAGUUGAUUGAUCCACAUAAUGCGGAGUCGGAAACUUUACAGACUGCAGCAUGGAUGUAUAGCUCUACCAUGGAUGUAUGCCUUAACAUGAACCGCAGCUGUACCAUAGACUGUAAAAAAAGAGCUAUAGGCUACAGUGAAAACGAAGGCAACGUUAUUUUGCAAAAACGUCCAACAGGCAAACAGCUGGGAGGUGAAUAACAUUCCUACACAGAAAAGAGGAAGUGGACAUGAGGUCUUUUGCUGUUGAAGAUCACCACACACCCUCACUUAGGAGAGGAUCCUCCCCCUGGUCUGCUUUAACUAUUGGACUCCACAGUAAAUCAUUAACCACAUCAAUCUGAGGACUUCUUCCAUAACAUCCUCAGAUUAACAAACAGCAACAGAUGAAAAGAACACACUACUUGUUCAAGUAGAAGGUCCCCUUUUUAUAUAAAUAGGUGCCUAAAAAAAAAAAGAUCAUACACAGCGUUGAUGUCACAAACUGAUUAAUAUCCUUUUCUAACCCCUCUGGCUGGCCUGUAGCACAUGCUAACAACCCAGAUUAAAUCUGCACCAGGGCAGAGAAGUUGACCAUUAACCUCCCCUACUGAUUGCGUGCACAUCUCUCCUUGUGAGCAGCUGAUUCUAUACAGUGGAUCCUGUAGCAAAGUUCACUGUCACAGGCUGCAGAAGUCUGUCAAACGACAGGAGCUUGCUCCUUCUUCUGGAUUUGUCCUCUGUUCUUCCAGUUUUUGCCAUUUGUAGGACUAAAUCUGCAGCCAUGGCUACAGCAAGUUAUGGAUACUACCGAGGCACUAUAUUUCUGGCCAUGUUUGUAGGCUACACACUUUACUACUUUAACAGAAAGACUUUCUCCUUUGUGAUGCCUUCUAUAAUGCAAGAAAUAAAGAUGGAUAAGGAUGACCUGGGCAUGAUCACCAGCAGUCAGUCUUUGGCCUACGCUAUCAGUAAGUUCAUCAGUGGCGUGCUUUCAGACCAGAUCAGCGCCCGCUGGCUCUUCUCUAUUGGCCUGUUUAUGGUGGGAGGCAUCAAUGUGGUUUUCUCCUGGUCCUCCACUGUCGCUGUCUUCUCUGCCCUGUGGUUUCUCAACGGCCUGGGCCAGGGUCUGGGCUGGCCUCCCUGUGGCAGAGUGCUGCGCAAGUGGUUUGAGCCCUCACAGUUCGGGACAUGGUGGGCGAUUCUGUCCUGCAGCAUGAAUCUGGCUGGCAGCUUGGGCCCCAUUAUUGCCACAGUGCUGACCCAGAGUUACAGUUGGAGGACAAUACUGUCGGUAUCUGGAAUGAUUUGUGUGGUGGCCUCCUUUUUCUGUCUGCUGUUCAUCAAGAAUGAGCCCAAGGAGGUGGGGCUGCCCAACAUAGAGGCAACAGCCAAGAAGAGCAAAGGAGGAUCCUCCAGUAAUGAAAGCACCCUGUCUGAGUUCCUGCUGUCACCUUACCUGUGGCUUCUAUCUAUGUCCUACCUGGUGGUGUUCGGGGUGAAGACGGCUUGCACCGACUGGGGCCAGCUGUUUCUCAUUCAGGACAAGGGCCAGUCUCCACUUAUGGGUAGCUCAUACAUGAGUGCCCUGGAGGUUGGAGGCCUGUUGGGCAGUCUGGCAGCGGGUUACCUCUCUGACAAAGCGGUGGCCAAACAAGGUAUGAGAAUAUAUGGCAAUCCCCGUCAUUUCAUCCUGAUCUGCAUGAUGGCUGGAAUGUUUGUGUCCAUGUACCUGUUCAGAGUCACAGUUACUCCUGACAGCUCAAAGGUGUGGAUACUCAGCUUGGGUGCAGUUUUCGGUUUCUCCUCUUACGGACCAAUAGCGUUAUUUGGAGUUAUAGCCAAUGAGAGUGCCCCAUCUAACUACUGUGGGACAUCACAUGCCAUUGUUGCCCUGAUGGCCAACGUCGGUGGCUUCCUGUCUGGACUACCAUUCAGCACCAUUGCCAAGCACCACGGGUGGGAAAUGGCCUUCUGGGUAGCAGAGAUCACCUGUGCCAUCACCACUGUUGGAUUCUUCCUGCUGCGCAACGUCCGAACCAAGAUGGGUCACGUGUCCAAGAAGGCCAACUAAAACAUUAUUACCCCUCAUCCUCUGCACCCAGAGGAUACUUUGAGCCAUCAUUGUAUUUUCAUAUUAUUCUUUUUUUAUACCACAUUAUUUUCUGUCUUACAGGACAUAACAUAAAUUAAGCUCAGAGAA